GUACGGGAACAAUCAUAUGUCUCUCUUACACACACACACACACACACACACACACAGAGAGAGACGUAAGCAAGGUAUAUAAACCCCUAUCUGUGUGUUUUGUGUGGUUUUGAGCCGACGGAUUGAUUCCAUCUGACAGGAACAAAGCCAUCAUGUUGUGGACCAUCAGACACACUGGAGCAAGCAUUUUAUUAUUGUUCAUGCUUUUUCAUCUUGGACAGCUAUACCCAAAAAAUGAUUUUACUAACUUUGGAUGUGACGAGUGCAAACUUAGGGAAAACAACAUUUUCUCGAAGCCUGGGGCUCCUGUCUAUCAGUGUAUGGGAUGUUGCUUUUCUAGGGCUUAUCCCACACCACUAAGGUCCAAAAAAACCAUGCUCGUCCCAAAAAACAUCACAUCAGAAGCUACAUGUUGUGUAGCCAAAGAAGUCAAACGGGUAGUUGUCAAUGAUGUCAAACUAGUGAAUCACACAGACUGUCACUGCAGCACCUGUUACUAUCAUAAAUCUUAAGGAUACACUACGACACUCCUGAAUGAUCGCUGGUUCAUCUCUAGUCGUUUUUGCUCAAAUGCACAUUUUCUGAAUGUAAAUCAUUCCGAGUAUAUUGUGUUUAAUGUGACAAUGCUUAUAAUGAGAAUGCUUUUGUAUUUGCUUAUAGCAGUGCUAUUAUAUGUUGCAUGUUUAAAAACACGCAUUUAGAUUAAAUUCUGUGUCCAUAAGAUCUUAAGUAUAAGAAAAAGUUGUAUCUAUGCUCCCAUAAAGGCCUUAAGAUGUUUAAAAUGCAAGACUUGUCAAACAUCAUUCUAUUUAAAACGCUAUUGUUGCUAAAUGAUAGUACUUUAAAACACUUUUCAUCCAAGAAAUCUCAAAUAAAUUGGUAAGACUUUA